AUGCGGAUUGGCAGAGCGGCGGAUCCAGUGUACAAUGAGUACAAAACCGCGGUGGGAGACGAUAUGGAGGGUUUGGCAGACGAGUUUAAGGCGUUGGGUCUGGAUACCAACAGCGUGCAGGUCCACACGGCGGUGGCCAUUCCGCGCACAAGAGGCGGAGAGCUGGUGGCCAAAGGGACAUUUGUGAAGGCGUCGCCCCGAGAGAGGUGGUAUUCGGACGUUGCACUGCUCAAUGACAAGGGUGGGGACUGCCGUGAUCGCAACACCAUCAUCCUCACCAUUCACAAUGCGCAUCGCAUCACAGGCGAGGUGGCGCCGGCCGUCUCGGAGCACGGCUUCAGUGUGCAGCACCUCACGAACACCAGAGUCGUCAACAUUCGUGGAUCAAUUCCGGAGACGGGCCUGCCGCACCUACAGGGAGUGGGUGACGCGCUGAAGGCGUAUUACUGCGUUAUGCUGAUGAGGCGUGCGAUAGAGUCCAAGCGGUUCCAGUUCGACUAUUCGGCUUCCAUCGCUGAUGUCGACUAUAACGACAUACUCGAGUGGCUGGGAGAAGCGUGGACUCGUGUUCGCGCGGCUACCAUGCAGCGGAGCUGGUGGCGCGCAGGAUGCGUGCCGGAGAGCUGGCCGCCCCUGAUGGCGUACCUGGGUGACACGUGCGCAACCGGCAUGUUCGAGCCUAUUAUUUCGGUAUGCGUUGAUUUGCAGUUGCUCAUCGAGAAGUUCAAGGUAAGGCCUGCGUGCUACAUGACGGCCUCGGAUUUUAUCAAUUGCGACGCGGGAAUAUGCGUGGAACAGGGGUUCAGGGCCACACCUGAUGCCAGCGCGUCCGAUGACUCGUCGGGCGACAUGAGCCUGCCAGACGGCCCAUUGCUGCGGGACGAGCGCAGCAGGAGGCGCGUGAUACGCAACGUCACAAACGCGUACGUGGAGCGUGCCGAUGAGCUCGGCAUCCCCCCGGCGGCUGUGCCAGCAGAGGUCGGAGCAUCGAACCAGGAGGUGAUUUCCCGCCUAUGCAGGACGCCUGUCAAGAGGGCUCGCGCAGGGGGGCGAGCUGAGAACGGGACAGCCGAAGAAGUGCUGCAGAGUGAUGAAGCGCUGGAGAGUGAUGACGACCAGUGA